UUGGCGUAGAUCCCCCUCUGAUCGAGAAUUUUGUUCACCCCCCCACUGUUGUCUUUAGGCUUCGGUUACAAUCUUUACAAUUAAUCCCGGCGAUCAGCAUUAGGGCAGAAAAGCGGGAGCCUCACUCGGGUGUUGCGCCGCCGCGUAACCCCGUGUUGUGUACCACAGAUACGGAGGGCAGGUCAAGCAGUCUGGGAUGAGGUCUCCUGAAGUACUCCCCUGGAGUGGAUAUUGGAGGUCAUUCAACCUCAGCAUUCCAUCCAUACAGUAAGACUGGGCUCCAGUCUUCAUCAUUUGCACUCGUGGAUACAUGCACUUACCACUAUCUGAACCUGAAAUACAGUUUCAUGUUAAAUCCGGGCAAUGGCCAGCAAAAGGAAAUCAACUGUUCCAUGUAUGGUGAGGGCAUCCGAACUGGAUGAAGAUAAUGACCCUGAAGAGGUCAAAGGCACUGAUGAUGAAGUCAAAGAAAAUGGGUCUUCACACACUCUACCAGACAAUGGUACCUGGAAUUCGGGCAGCCUUGACCAAAAUGAAGAGGUGAAUGCAAUGCUGGAAAAAAUAUCACAGGAUGGACAACAUCAGUGGAAGCCACAAGGCGGCUAUGAAUGUAAGUACUGCCCUUAUUCUACGCAAGAUUUAAAUAAAUUUACUGAGCAUGUGGAUUCUAGCCAUCCCAACGUUAUUCUCAACCCACUUUACGUCUGUGCCGAAUGCAACUUCAGCACAAAGAAGUACGACACGUUAUCUCACCACAAUUUCAAAUCUCACCCCGGGGUGAACAACUUCAAAUUGAAGCUGAUCAAAAACAACAUCCAGACCAUUCUGGAACAGACCAUCGAGGGCUCAAAUAGCGUCAUCAACCUGAGCCCUGCCACUGUGAUCACAAGUGACGCUCCUUCAUCUGUACCUGUGAACAAAACCUCCACUAUGAAAACUGGAAAGGCCAAAAUGGAGACCAACCGAAUACCCCGGAGGGCCGAUGAUCUACAUAUUCCUAGGCCGCUGAUAAUUAAGGACACGUUUCCAGCAUUUGCCAUAAAUGGAACAGUGAUCAUACCAGAUCCUACAGUGCAAGAGGGUCUGUCUCAUGUUAUGCCCUCUCUUCAGCGACCUCCCAACUACAGCUUGGUACCAAAAGUUGCUGUUCCUCUGAACACUUCUAAAUACAAUCCACUGUUAGAUAUCAACACAACUCUUAUUACUGCAUUCAAUAAGUUCCCCUAUCCAACCCAAGCAGAACUCUCUUGGCUGACUGCAGCAUCAAAACAUCCUGAGGAACAAAUAAAAGUCUGGUUUACAGCUCAGCGCCUAAAGCAAGGCAUUAGUUGGUCACCAGAGGAAGUAGAAGAAGCCAGAAAGAAAAUGUUCAAUGGCACCAUCCUGCCAGUGCAGCCUGCUUUCGCCGUUUUGCCUAAUCAUUUGUCAUCGACAACUGAAACCCCACCAUCCCUAAUCCACACCGUCCCUUGUCAGUUUCUAGGACAAACUAGUUUGGUGCUGACCCAGAUGGCGAAUGGGUCAACGAUGACUUGUUCUCCAAUCACAGUUACUGUAGCGAAUAACAUGCAGGCAACCAAGCGGCCUUUACCCACUCCAGUUGUGGACCAGCAAGUGAAACGGGCAAACGUUAUCGAAGUUACACAUUCACAGUCCUCAUCUUUGGAGUUUAACGGAUCUCAUUUGUUUUUGGAACGAAAGAAGUCAAAGGAACAACUUUCUGAACUUAGGAGAAGCUUUACAAAACAGCAAUUUCCAGAAGAUAUGGAGGUCUACCGACUGAUUGAGGCCACCGGACUCUCAAGAGGUGAGAUUAAGAAGUGGUUUAGCGACCAACGCUACCGGACUCAAAAGGGUGUUAUAAAUGACUUUUUAAUGAAAGACGUAAUUCACGACUUAAGCAAGCCUCAGAAUCCCAAUAUCGAGAUGUCGUUGAAAAACUGCAAGGGCAGUGGCCCAGAACCAGCCAAGACGGUGGAGCGCACCUUACAUCAAACCUGCUUUCCGUCACAAGGUGAUACAGAUAACUUCUUAGGAGACCCCAGGGUUCCUAAAACAGAUGCUGAGGACAGUUUAUUAGAUAAACAAAAGGUAAGAACCUGUGUUGAAGAAGUCCUUUUGAACUCUGUGAAUGCUGAUAAAGAAAAAGCACUUGACCAAGGAGCACACAACGGAAUACUGGGUCAUGGAGGACAGACUAAGGCAUCAGCACUUUCAGUGAUCAUCUCCACACUUAGUCAUGUCCCCAUUAGUAAGGCCUCUCAGGAACUUCUGAAAGGCGUCUUUGUACGAACUCAGUGGCCAUCGCCCGAGGAGUACGACCAGUUAGCACUUAAAACGGGAUUGUCUCGAACGGAUAUCGUUCGCUGGUUUAAAGACAAUCGGUCGGGACUCAAGUCUGGAACUUUGGAUUGGAUGGAACAAUAUCAGAAGAUGAAUGGUGAGAGGAAAAAUGGACAGAGUCCGACAACGGACAGCGCAAAAACUGUUACGCCGAUACUCCAUCAGCACUGCAGCAAGACGCCGGAGACGAGGGAGGAGGAUUUGAACAAAGUGGUCGACAAACCUUCAGAAGUGACACAACAAGAGACUUGUGAACUUUGACUCGUUUGUACAGAAGAUCUUCAAUUUGAAGAGAAAAAAUGAUAAAAAGAUAUAUUUUCGUAUCUGGAAAUCAAUUAUUGCAUUUCAAUAAUAUAUAUAUAUAUAAAAAA